AAAUAUCGCUUGAUCGUCUGCCUCAACAUUUAUUCAACAUGGAGAAGCUGAGGCCGGCGAACAGCUACACGAGCAACUCACUGCACGAGGCGGUCCUAUUGCGGAAGGACGAACAGGAUACGAUUGGAGUGUACACAGUACCGGAAUUGUUUCGUGAGAGUUGCCAGAAAUUUGGAAAGCUUCCCGCCCUGGUCUGGGAACGACCGGAGCAAAAGGAUUGGAUAACGCUCAGCUAUGAGGAGUACGAACAGCAAGUGGAGCUGGCAGCCCGCAUGCUGCUCCACGUUGGCCUGGAGGCGCGCAGCUCGUUGGGCAUAUUGGCCUUCAAUUGCCCGGAAUGGUUUAUAGCCGAAUUGGCUGCUUUGCGUGCCGGCGGCGUAUUGGCUGGCAUCUAUCCCAGUAAUUCGGCUGAGGCGUGUUUCCAUGCCUUGGCGACGAGCGAGGCCACCGUCUGUGUCGUUGAUGACGAGAAGCAAAUGGCAAAGCUGCGUGCGAUCAAGCAUCGGCUACCGCGACUGAAGACUGUGAUUCAGCUGCACGGGCCGUACGAGUCCUUUGUCAAUCAGGAGGAGGGCUACUUCAGCUGGCAGCAUUUGAUGGCACUGGACCUGGAGCAACUGCAGCCGGAAUUGCAGCGGAGGGAGAGUGCAAUUUAUGCCAAUGAUUGCGCGAUGCUCGUGUUCACAUCGGGCACAGUCGGCAUGCCCAAAGCUGUGAUGCUCUCCCACGACAGUCUGGUCUUUGAGACGAAAAUCAUCGGAGCUACGCUGAAGAAUACGGAGCUCGGUGGCGAGCGUAUUGUCAGCUAUCUGCCUCUGAGUCACAUUGCGGCCCAGAUCUUUGAUGUCUUCUUGGCCUUGGAGCAUGGCGGCUGUGUGUACUUUGCCGAUAGGGACGCGCUCAAGGGUACGCUGGUGCGCACCUUCCAGAAGGCCAAGCCGACCCGAAUGUUCGGAGUGCCACGCGUCUUUGAGAAAUUCCAGGAGCGUCUGGUCGCAGCGGAGGCCAAAGCGAGCCCGUACUCCCGUUAUCUGUUGGCGAAGGCGCGGGAUGUCGUCGAACAGCAUCAGCUAGCGACGAUCGCUGGCGAGAAAAUAUCUCUGUACGGUGAAGCGAAAUACUGGUUUGCCUAUCGACUCAUUCGACCCAUUCGCCAGAUGUUGGGCCUGGAUCAAUGCAAAACUUUUCUAACCGGCGCAGCGCCUGUAUCGUCCGAGCUGAAGCAUUACUUUUUGGGUUUGGAUAUGCCACUGGGCGAUAUCUAUGGCAUGUCGGAGUCGGCGGGCGCGAUCACACUCCACGAGACUAUGACAAACCUCUACAGUUCGGGUACGCCACUCGUCGGUAUAGAGGUGAAGAUCCAUGAGCCCGAUGCAAAGGGUCAGGGCGAGAUUGUGACGCGUGGACGGCAUAAUUUCAUGGGUUAUCUGGGACAGCCGCUUAAGACGGAGGAGGCCAUCAAGCCCGAUGGCUGGAUGUACACCGGCGACAUGGGCUACAUGGACGAGCACGGCAAUCUCGUCAUCUGCGGCCGGAUCAAGGAGCUGAUUAUCACAGCGGGCGGCGAGAAUAUACCGCCCGUGCACAUCGAGGAGCUGAUCAAAGAGGAGCUGCCCUGUAUCAGCAAUGCUCUAUUGGUCGGCGAUCAUCGCAAGUAUCUGACUGUCUUGUUGUCCCUGAAGACCAAAUCUGAUCCGCAUACGGGCCUGCCACUCGAUGAGCUGCGUGGCGACACAAUUGCUUGGCUGCAAGAGCUGGGACUGAAUCAGACGCAUCUGUCGGAGCUGCUUAAUAUACCCGCUGAUCUACAAUUGCCCAACGAUGAGAGAUCUCUGGCCGCUGCCCUGGAUAUCAAUGCGGAGCCAAAGCUGUACGAAGCUAUCGAUGCAGGCAUCAAGCGUGCCAAUCUGAAAGCCAUCUCAUCGGCGCAGCGUGUCCAAAAGUUUGCUCUAUUGCCACAUGAGUUCUCCGUGCCAACGGGCGAGCUAGGACCCACGCUCAAGACCCGGCGUAAUAUCGUACAUAAGAAGUACGCCCCUCUAAUCGAACGACUCUACAAAUGAUUUAUUAUUACUUUUAUUAUUACUUUUAUUA